AGUAAACGACGAAUAAAUAUUUUUUCGCGACCUCUUCUCUAUUAAAUCCUUCAUUCUAAAUCGUUGAUUUUGUUCUACUCUUCGACCUUCAAAUUUUUAUUUCGCGAGGAAUGGCUGAACAGUUCUCUAAGCCGGAGACCAGGUAGGCCUGAAUUUUGUGACCGCGGUAAUCAGCCAGGAUCGUUCGAGUAGUGGCCGAUUUUUCGCUUCGAAUAAGUUCGACGGUUGAAUUAGUCGAGACGACCCAAGAUUCAAACAAUGAAGCUCGUCGAUUCCCAGCAGUGCCGGGUCACGAGGAACGACGCCAGCUGACGCGUACUUUUCGGUCACGUUGUAUGCACGACGCUGGUUAAACAGCUGACUAUUUUAAACCAGCGAUUAAACAAGUAAACGAGAGACGGAUAAACAUCAGCUAAUCGACGCGAAGAAACGACACGCGUCCGACGAUCGCGGUAAUUAACCCAGAUACUAACGAUAAUUCACCGAGAUUUAACCAUUCUCUGUAAAUCCACUCGAGUCAAGUAUCUAUCGCACGCAUAACGUCAAAUUCUGCGCACGAGGAACGGCACACGUUUCCUUGUAAACGCGUAAAAGUUUCCUGAAACUGCGGCAACGUUCAGUUUAUACCCAGCAUCGCGUAUUUAGAGAUGAGACUAUGUUCUCUCGAAGAGACUAUAGCAACGUCUGGGUCGCGACGAAAUUGAUCGAUAUCGGUGGAUCGUAAUCCCGGGUGAUUACGAUUGUUGCGAGUGAAUUAGCAAGAGCGAAUUAAGAGCAAAGGUGGUGAAAGGAGGAUGUCAGCAAACGCGACGACGGUGCUGCUGAAGAAGAGGGAGAGGACGCAGAACUGGGUCCCGGAGGAAAAGAACGCUUUGUUCUCGUUGAUCAAGACGCACAUGGCAGCGAUCGAGAACAAGAAGAUCGACGCUGCUGCAUCGGCUAUGAAGACGCUAGCCUGGCAGCAGAUCUACACCGCGUUCCGUGGCAGAUUCUCCACGGACAGGGACAUCACCAGAAUGAGAGAGCAGUGGAGGAGGAUGAAGGCUCAGGCCAGGAUGGAGAUGUACACGUUCGCAGAGAAGUUGAAGAAUCUGGGCCCCGAGGAAGCAGCCAAGUGUCGUCCAUCGAACCUCUCGAUAGACGUAUGGAGAUUGAUGGAGAAGGCGAAGAAGAGCGACGGUGACGGCGAUCGUUCGGACGAGAACAGUCAGGAAGGUAGCGAGAGUUCUGUGAGUCUGCAGGCCAUCCUGGACAAACUGCCUACCUCCACGCCGGAUGCGUUGGUCGACGAAAUCAAAGCCGAGCCAGAAAGCGACGAUUCUCACACGGAAGAGGAGAGUAGUCAGGGGAAGCCCCUCAGAGAGAGAAAAAGGCCGCGAGUUUCUGAGAACGAGCCAAUAGACCUCGCUGAACAAAGGCCACGUGCUGAUAAUGCCAAUCCUCGUCGCCUUGAUAAUGUAGGAGAGAGUAGGUCCUCGUCCACUUCGAAGGACAAAAUUGACCAGAUUAGCAACCAAGAAGAGGCCAUUCGAAGAACGACGUGGACGUUGGAGGUGGCUCAAAAGGAACACGAUUUGAAACUAAAGAUACUGAACAUUGAUCUGGAACGCGCCGAAUUGGAGAAACAAACCGCCAUCAACGAACUGAAAACCUCGGAGAUUAAAAGGCAGUUGAUUGAAAGCGAAGCUGCUGAAUAUUACGGCCAAGCAAGAAUGUCUGGAGAACGUGGAUCGGGUGCUGGUAAAGGUGGUGGUGGCGGUGGAAGCAUUCGCGAAGCUGGAGGAUCUUUUGGUAAAAUGGAGGCUGCCCACGAAGAUCAGUAUUUUUAUAAUUUGCAAAAGGAGCAAUUCCAGAAGCUUAAGGAAGAUCUACACGACGAGAUCUCCUUCCAUGAGGAACAGAUCAAGCGUCACCAAGAAGCUAUAAACCGUCACAAACAGAGAAUCACCAACAUGACAGAAUGAAAUGCUUACGGUGGCGCGAUAUUCCUAACUUUUAAGAAGUGUGAUGUUGCCCUUUACGAUAUCAUUAUGCAUUGCAGAUAGUAACGAUGGUAGAAUCAUCAUGUCUGUACUUUUCUUCUUCUUUUGUUACAAAAUGUUAAUAUAGAAUAAAAUACAUUGAUUUUAAUACAUCAUAAAAAGAA